AUGUGUUUCCAGGGCUAUCACAUCCCCCAUGGCCGUUAUGAGCUCGGAGGGAUAAACCUCGCGCGCAUCGCCUACGGCGGCCACAAGGGUCACAAUCCCCGAGACUUCCUCGCCUUCUGGCUCAAUGAACUCGGGUACGAUGUCCUCGCCAUAUCCUAUCCGCUCGAAAUGCAAGGAUCAUCACCCCUCGCAGCCGACCUGGCGCAACGCCCGCAUUUCGGCAUCGUAGACUGGGGCGAACAAAUUGCACGGACAACGCGGAAAGUCAUUGACGAAAAUAAGUUGGCAGGUAUUCAUAAUAAUCAGAUUAUCCUCGUAGCUUGGAGCAUGGCCGGGAAGAUCCUCGAACCCUUUACCCUCGCCGCGAAGAGAUAUGAUCUCGAUCCGAGACUGUUUGUCUCGCUAGCUGCCACCCCGGCGGGGAUAAGGAGGCUGCCCCCCGUGCCUCCGAGGCUUCAUGACACGGAGGCAGGGUACGCAGCUGGUUCUUCGUCGUCGGUAGAGGGUAUGUUGCGACAGGUUAGGCAACAAGCACAGCGUAGUGGUACAAGUGCCGCCAUCAUCGACGACGAAGCAUAUCUCCGCGAAUACUUCGGCCAUACGCCCAUCUCCCUCACGAACGCAGGCAUGAAAUACUGCCCAUCCAGCGUCCGAACGGGACAGGGACAACUGGAAUCCAGCUUCAUCCCCUCGGAAUACGACAAUCCACGAGAGGCAGGUCCUACAGACGAAGACUUCACCAUCUACCCCUCCAUCGCAGCGAGUCGGCCCUCAUCCCCAGCGGACCUAAGACAUGCCCUAACCGACGCAGCAGCAUGGGGACUGGUUCUGACGCUGAAGCUCACAGCGGACGUGAUGAGGGCUGUCGGAUCCGGGACAUCUUUAUCUUUUUCUCUGCGUGAAGACGUCUGGGAUGAGGUGCAGAACCUCGAAUCUCCCGCACCGGGAUACCAGACGAAUGAGACGGUUCGGGGCAACCAUUUCUUUUUCCUGGGGGCAACGGGGACCAGGAAGACUGCUGAGACGAUCGAUCGAUUGUUCGACCGCGCAGAGAGUAUUGGGGUGAAACUGGGUGGUUUGCUUUGUUCUACUUGA